AUGGCUGCGCCCACAGAACCGAGAGGGACGUCAACCUCUAGCCCGACCGGGUUUGAAGGUUUUCCGUUUGCCGUGGCCGCCAAGCCACCGGGGGACAGCUCCGGUAAAGAGCCGGAGCAGACCGGGGGGGUGAGAAAGAAGCCGUGCAGAGCUUGUACGGACUUUAAAUCCUGGAUGAAGGUCCAAAAGAACCAGGCGACGGCUGCUGCACAGGAGCCCCAAGCUGCAGAGUCCGAGCCGCAAGACCCCCAAUGUCCGUUAGACAGGGGAGAGUUGGGGCGCAACACGUGGUCCUUCCUGCACACCAUGGCGGCCUAUUACCCCGACAGCCCGUCUUCCACCCAGCAGCAAGAGAUGGGGCAGUUCAUCAACCUUUUCUCCAAGUUCUUCCCGUGUGAUGAAUGUGCAGAAGACCUCAGGGGCAGGCUGAGGACCAAUCAGCCGGACACCAGGAGUCGCCACGCUCUCUCUCAGUGGCUCUGUCACAUCCACAACGGCGUCAACGCCCGGCUGGGAAAGCCCGAGUUCGACUGCUCCCGCGUCGACGAGAGGUGGAAAGACGGAUGGAAAGACGGUUCCUGCGACUGAGUGGCGCGAGGCGCGAGGCCCGAGAGGAGGAAAAGGCCGCAGUGUGGACCAAAAAAACUUUUGUGGGGAAACUUGAUGUGAAGAGAAAGAGACAAUGUUGUGUGUUUUGAAUUCUUGUUUAGUGGUCGGUUAGUUCAACUGAUCUGGUAAUAAAGAUAUAUACUUCAUCUUAAGUCUUGUUUGACCCCAAAAAACUCUCACAUCAAGCAAUUUAUUAGAAGUAUGUCAAAAUAUCUUAUGUUCAGAUCUUAUGUUCAUUGAAUAUUUGCAUAGUUUAUUCACUAUGUGUGUCUUGUGGGGUUGAGGGGGGAUGUAUACCUGUGGGUAUGUAAUUAAGGGCUGGAAUUAGUAAGUAUGUAAUUUGCUAUUUACAACUAUGAUUCAUUUAUAAUUUCAGUCAUUAAAUUACGUGUGUUUACUACUGCUCAUCAAAAGGGGCGAUUUACUUUUAUUUCUCUUAACUCGUGUCAUUUCCAGUUGCUUUUAGUCUGUUGGACAAAAUAACCACUUCAGGUUUAGCGAGAUGCAAUUUGUAUCUUUUAAUAGAAUGAGAUGAGAUAUUAUAUGGAUAACUGAAACACCUUAACUGAGACUCUUACCCUUUAGUUAAGCCGGCAUCUCAGCCAUGUGACCUGUCGUUUAUUAAUAAACACGGAGAAUGAGUUUGUUAUUCGAGGAGCCAGUGGAGGACACAUAUGAUCAGCUGCUACUGUUUGUUUUAAUUAUUAUUAUGAUCCUAUACAUUUCUUUUGUGUUUGUUCCACAUACUGAUGCAAUCAUAAUUAAUUCGCAACUCUAUUAAUUACUUGUAUUGUUGCUUUUGAGAUGUUGCAUUUUGAAGUAGGCGUCGCUGACCUCUAGCGGUGAGAGCCACGCAUGACACGCAUGAUGUCGUAUUCUCACAAUAUCUGCUUUGUUUUACUGUGUGAAGCUUGACAGAAGUAAACUUGUGACCGUG